AUUUUGUACACAUGCUGUUUGCGAUGUGACCUCUCCUAUUUGAUGAAUGAUAACACAGGUUAAGACGAAUGUUGUAACCUGUAAGGAAUACCUGGCAUGGAUCUCUUACCAAGGAACCACAGUGAAUUUCACUCCCCUCAAUAUUGGGAUCAGUUCUUCCAGAAAAGAGGAACAAAAGCCUUUGAAUGGUAUGGUGAAUACCCCGAAUUGUGUGGAAUUCUACACAAGUACAUCAAGCCGACAGAUAAGAUACUCAUGGUAGGAUGUGGUAACUCUCAGCUCAGUGAAAAUCUCUAUGAUGUUGGCUACCACAACAUCAUCAACAUUGACAUCAGCGACACAGUCAUUCGUCAGAUGACUGAUAAAAACAAGAAGUGCCGUCCUGAUAUGAAAUUUAUCAAAAUGGAUGUCAAGAAGACAAAUUUUUCAGAUGGUGAGUUUGGGGUGGUUCUAGACAAAGGGACACUUGAUGCUCUGAUGGUGGAUGACAGUAAAGAGGUGGUGGCUGAUAUUGAUGCCAUGUUUACAGAAAUUGGACGUGUUCUAAAACAAGGAGGACGAUACAUGUGUAUCUCUCUUCUACAGGAUCAUAUCAUGAACAAAGUCCUUCAGUUCUUCCCACUCAUAGGAUGGCCAGUACGGGUACACAAGGUAAACACCGAAGAUUCAGAAAAUAAAGAGAAAGAAUUCAACAUGCCUGUAUUUGCUGCGGUCUUUACGAAAUUCAAGAAGCUACCAAAUAUGAAACAGAUCCUAGAGGUGGGUUCUAGUGAUGACAAGAUAGAACGAAUGGAUUCCACAGAGAAGAUGCACACAGUCCUGAAAGAGAUGCAGUAUUAUGCUAUUAUGAGACAACAGAUUAAGAAAAGAGAAAUGGUAGGAGAACAGGUGUCAUUCAGUCUGUACAGUGAAGUGUCUGUUGCGCCACGUUACACUCUUUUCAUAGUAGACAGCGGUGACCAGAAAUUUACCAACAAAUUUGGUAUAUUCAUCGUACCUGAGGGCAGGGAAACAGAGUGGAUGUUCAGUACAGAUGAAGGCAGACAACAGUUGUCAAAAUCAGCUGGAUUUUGUAGACUAGUGGUGGUCACACUCAACCGAGCUCAUACUUACGAAACACUGGAUACUAUCAAGUCAGAGUUAUCUCCUCAUGUUCUUGAACUGGCGCCACCCAACUUCAAAUUAGGAUUACAGGUGCCAUUCUUGUCACUAGGUGAUCAGAAGGGUAGCAGAACUGUCAGAUUUCAAGGUAACAGUCCUACCUUGGGGGAGCUGGUGGUUGAGGACAUUGUCACAGAUCCAGGGCAAUAUAGACGGAGACUUGUGUUCACUGAAGGUCUUCCUUAUUGUGAGGCUAUCCUUAAUAUGCAACGAGAGAAGAAGCAGAAAAAAGGAAAGCACAAAACAAAAGAGACUGAAAAAUUAAUUUUGGACAAAUCAUAUUUGGACGGUGAUUAUCUGACAACCAUGGUGGCCGGUCUGUCAUUUGUAACGGGGCAGACUGAUCAGGCUAAAGAGUGCAAUUUAUCAGAUUCCAAAGUUUUAGUGAUAGAGGGAAGGAAUGGAGGACUUCCUACAUUGUUACAUCACAACUUUCCACAGAUGGAGCUGACAGUAGUGUUUCCUGAUUCAGUAAUUCAGCAGGUAGCCACAGACUGGUUUGACUUUUCACCGGAUAGCAACAUGCAAGGUUAUAGUGAUAACCCUGCCAAAUUUGUCAGCAGUAGUGAAGGGCAAGGGUUAUUACUUGAUGCUGUUGUUAUAGAUCUUGAUUAUCUCAAGUCAUCACUUACAAUGGAGAGUUUCCUUCAGGAAUCGUUUUUAUCAGAUGUUAAAAAGUUGCUAUCACCAAAUGGUGUCUUAAUAUGCAAAUGUCAGUGUGCUGAAGAGGAAAAGAAGAAAACAUUGUUACAUCAACUUUACAGACAUUUUCCUAAGAUUUACUCAACAAACUGUGAGGACAUGUCUCUCACUGUUGUCUAUGCACUAUGCUGUGACAAAAAGAGAGACAUAUUAGAUACAGCGACUUCAAACUGUAAAUAUCUAGAAAAUAAAUUGAAAAGAAGAGACACUGAUUUAGAUUUGUCAAGGACCAUGGAAGACCUCACAUUGUUUGAUCCCUGAUAUCAUUAGAGAAUGUUAGACAGAAAAUAAACAAACAUGAAAAUUC